CCUUUCGUCUUAGUGUUUGUUACAUCGGCAAUGGCGGCGCGCGGUGUGGGGCUGUUGACCCAUUUACCGCUUCGUGCUCAGAGAAGUCAAGUCCUGCGUCCUAUCCACAGGCUUCUCAGUUGCCCAGGAACUGUGGCCGCAGACGCCAGGAAAGAAGAGCAGUCCUCCGGGAGCGCGGAGACAGGCUCUGAAGACAGGACUCCCAAAAAGAGAUUCUCUGAGGUACAAAAAGAAAGACGAGAACAGGCACAGCGGAGUGUUUUAAUACAUUUCCCAAAUAAAAUCAGUGAAAAAAAGUUUCUCAAAUAUUUGUCCCAACAUGGACCUAUUAAUAAUCAUUUCUUCUAUGAAAGCUUUGGUCUUUAUGCUGUUGUAGAAUUUUGUCAAAAGGAAAGUGUAGCUUCACUGCAGAGUGUGACUCGAACCCCGAGUAUGGGCACAGAGGCUGCGAUUCCAUUCAGAUCACGGUGCUUCCAUUUAAAGUUGAAGAAUGCAUCAAACCAGACUUCAGAACAAUCAUGUAUAACACGUAGUAAUCAGUCACCUCCUUCAAGCAAGAAGCUUUUCGAAUUACUUUGUGAUGCAGAAAGUAUAGAUGAUCAGCUAAACACUCUGUUGAAGGAAUUCCAGCUAACAGAGGAGAACACCAAGCUCCGAUAUUUUACCUGUUCUCUCAUUGAAGACAUAGCAGCUGCAUAUUUUCCAGACUGUGCAGUCAGACCGUUUGGCUCUUCAGUGAACGGUUUUGGGAAAUUAGGAUGUGAUUUGGACAUGUUUUUGGAUCUGGAUGAAAUUGGAAAAUUCAGCGAUCACAAGACCUUAGGAAAUUUUCUGAUGGAAUUUCAAGUGAAAAAUGUUCCUUCAGAAAGAAUUGCAACUCAGAAGAUCCUGUCCGUGAUAGGAGAAUGCCUUGACCACUUUGGCCCUGGUUGUGUGGGUGUACAAAAAAUACUAAACGCUCGAUGUCCGCUUGUGAGGUUCUCACACCAGGCCUCUGGAUUUCAGUGUGAUCUGACUACUAACAAUAGGAUUGCCUUGAAAAGUUCUGAACUCCUUUAUAUAUAUGGUGCCUUGGAUUCACGAGUGAGAGCCUUGGUGUUCAGUAUCCGGUGUUGGGCUCGCGCACAUUCCUUAACGAGUAGUAUUCCUGGUGCUUGGAUUACAAAUUUCUCCCUUACAAUGAUGGUCAUCUUUUUUCUCCAGAAGAGAUCACCCCCUAUUCUUCCCACACUAGACUACCUAAAAUCCCUAGCAGAUGCAGAAGAUAAAUGUAUAAUAGAAGGCCACAACUGUACAUUUGUUUGUGACUUGAAUAGAAUUAAACCUUCAGGAAACACAGAAACACUAGAAUUACUACUGAAAGAAUUUUUUGAAUAUUUUGGAAAUUUCGCUUUCAAUAAAAAUUCCAUAAAUAUUCGACAGGGAAAGGAACAGAACAAACCUGAACCUUCUCCACUGCACAUUCAGAAUCCUUUUGAAACUUCCCUCAACAUCAGCAAAAAUGUAAGUCAAAGCCAGCUGCAAAAAUUUGUAGAUCUGGCUAGAGAAAGUGCCUGGAUUUUACAUCAGGAAGUUAAUGGUCACCCUUCCCCAUCAAGUAAGCUGUGGGGGCUGGCAGCCCUGCUGCUACCUUCCGUAGCAAAGAAUGUGUCUCAGACCAAGAGGAAAAAGAAGAAGCCUGCAAGUGAAAGAGUUAAAAACUUGUUGGAAUCCAUAAAAAGUAGCAGUACAGAAAAUUCCACAAACACCAAUGGAACAAGAACAGUUAAUACUCAGACAUAAUGGCUGUUGCUUUGCUUUAAGAACUGGUUUUAUCCUAUAAGGUAAUCUUGGAAUUCCUGGAGGAACUGGUGUGGAACUUUCACACAUCUCAGCUUGCAUCAGACGCCUCUUCAGGACCUUCGGUCUUCUCAUUGGGCCUUUACCUGGUCUGAAGUUCUGCCACGUUUUCAGACUGAUCAGUCUGCUACCCUGUGGCAUUUUCUGAAAACAUCAGCCACAAGCAACAGGUGAAAGAAGAUUGGAAUGUACUUUAAAUAGAUAAACUAUACAAAGCAAAUAGCAAAAAUCAGCUUUAGAAUCACAGCAUUGUUGAUAUCCUUAUCAGUCCCUGGGUUUGUACAUAGACGGUCACCGAACAUAAUAAAGCUUCAGAUUUUGGUACUA